AUGGAAAUCAUGGAACAAGACUCCACUGCUCGCCCACACCGAUGCAACUGGGCUGGUUGUACCAAAGCUUUCAAUCGCCGAUCCGAUUUGGAUAGGCAUUACCGCAUCCAUACCAACGAACGCCCCUACCGAUGCGAAUUCAAAGACUGUGGGAAAAGCUUCAUCCAACAGAGCGCUCUGACGGUUCACAAGAGAACGCACACUGGGGAGAAGCCUCAUACUUGUAUCGAGAAGGGAUGCGGAAGAAAAUUUUCUGAUUCCUCAAGUCUUGCGCGACACCGUCGAAUCCACUCGGGCAAACGCCCCUACAAAUGUGGUAAACCUGGCUGCGAAAAGAGCUUCUGCCGAAAAACAACGAUGAUUAAACAUCAGAGACGGCCACACCCCACGAGCAACAAUGGUUCUGAAAAUCCUGACGGGGACACUCAAGGAGAUGCGGUUUUCUCACCACCUACCCCUUCAAACGUAUCAUACGACUGCAAGUGGGUCAGUCAUGUUUUCUCAGGAACCCCCGGGAGGCAGCCCAGCCAAGGCCACUUGCAACCAGGCUCUCCUCAUGUAGCUGUACAGCAGCCCAACUGGGAGUACUAUCCACGCAGUCCUGGCCCUCGAGACACUGCUCGACACGAGCUGCCAUCGAACGGACGUCGACUAAAUGCCAUGGCGCCCCUUCCCAGCUCAAAUCUGAUGCACCGGACUACAGUUGGCAGCAACUCUAGAACUGAGUCCGAUUCCGAAACAAGCACAGUAUAUGGAGUCAAGCAGGAAAGCUACGACGUACAUUCGUCUUUCCAAAGCAUCCCCGAGGCGCCGCACCACCCCGCCCUUGCCCAAGACCAGGUGUCGGUGCAUUCCGACUCUAUGGCGAUUCAAGCGGGCCAGGAUAUGUACAUGCCCGUGCCAACUCCGGUAGUGUCUUGGUACGAUUAUGCUCCGUCACUCCCGCUAUCGACCAUAUCUCAUCAAAUUCCAAGUUUCGUCAAUGGGCUAUACGGUUUCAUGGAGCCGAAACUGGAGUUCAACGAUGACCCGUCUAUGCAGCUGCCAUCAGUAAGGCUGCUGAAUGAAUGA